UACUUCUACAAAACACCAUCUACCCCGUUGUCCAUGCGCCAUGCUCGCAACAGCAAUUGUCAAGUCCGGGCUAUUGAUCGUCGCAGUGCUUGCGCACUAUGUCAGCUUCACCCCGCCCUACCCUCCGUCCUCGAAAGGGGACAAGGUGUACAGAGGAGAGCUGUUUGAACGUGUCGUGAUGUUCUUAAUCGGCCUCGAGAAGGUCACCGUUGCAUCGGUCAGCAUCGCUCACAUCGCGGUCAUGCUCUCCCUUUCUGUGGAUUACCCUCAUGGGCAGCUCGUGCUUUCUCACCUUUGCCCGAGCCCUGCGCCGCGCCUCGAGACUCUCGCCUCGCUUUCUCCAGCGUUCCUCUCCGGCUUCUUCAUGAUCAUGUUCGGGUCAUUCCUCCGCCUGUGGUGCUACACUACGCUCGGCUCGCAGUUCACCUACCUCGUUACUCUCAAGCCAAGACACACUCUCAUCACGUCCGGGCCAUAUAAACACGUACGCCACCCGAGCUACACCGCGGUGUGGCUUCUCUUUUGGGGGACGUACAGCGCAUUCCGCACUCCGAGCGGAUAUAUCGACGAGUGCGGGCUGAUGCUGACACCAGCCCGGUGGUUCGUGCAUGGCUUGUAUGUAGUUUACGUGUUCGCCAUGCUGUCGGUCGUCAAAAGAGGCAGAGUAGAGGACAAGCUGUUGGAGACUGCCAUUGGGAAGGAGUGGUUAGAGUACCGCGAGCGAGUUCCACGUAGUAUGAUUCCUGGUAUUUACUGAUAUGUCGAUGGUGCAAAUUAGAUA